CUUGGCACAGGGAAUGGAAACUUUCAAACUCAUAUAACCUAUACGGUUGGCAGCUUCCCAUCUUCUGUAGUAUCAGGUGAUUUCAACAAUGAUAACAAACCGGAUCUGGUAGUGGCCAACCAGUAUGACAACAGUGUCAGUGUGCUGCUUGGCAACGGGGAUGGAACCUUUCAGAAUCACAUGAACUGUACGGUUGGGGGAGGCCCAUCUUCUGUAACAUCAGCUGAUUUCGACUAUGAUAACAACCUGGAUCUGGCAGUGGCUAACCAGUACGACAACACCGUCAGUGUGCUUCUUGGCAACGGGAAUGGAACCUUUCAGAAUCACAUGAACUAUAUGGUUGGGGGAGGCCCAUCUUCUGUAACAACAGAUUAUUUCAAUAAUGAUAACAACCUCGAUCUGGCAGUGACCAACCGGUACGACAACACUGUCAGUGUGCUUUUUGGCAACGGGAAUGGAAUCUUUCAAACUCAAAUGAUAUCUACGGUUGGUAGCUUCCCAUCUUCUGCAAUAUCAGGUGAUUUCAACAACGAUAACUACCGGGACCUGGCAGUGGCUAACCAGUACGACAACACUGUCAGUGUGCUGCUUGGCAAACGGGAUGGAAGCUUUCGGACUCAAAUAAUAUCUACGGUUGGUAGUGCUCCAUCUUCCGUAAUAUCGGGUGAUUUGAACAACGAUAUAAAACUCGAUCUGGCAGUGGCUAACUUGUACGACAAUACUGUCAGUAUGCUGCUUGGAAAAGGCGAUGGAACCUUUCAGACUCAAACCAACUCUACGGUUGGGGGAGGCCCAUCUUCUGUAACAUCAGGUGAUUUCAACAAUGAUAACAAUCUGGAUCUGGCAGUGGCUAACCAGUACGACAACACUGUCAGUGUGCUGUUUGGCACCCAGAAUGGAAAUUUGCACACUCAAAUGAUGUAUACGGUUGGUAGGAAUCCGUAUUCUGCAAUAGUAGGUGAUUUCACCAACGAUAACACCCUAGAUGUGGCAGUGGCUAACGUGUUCGACAACACUGUCAGUAUGCUGCUUGGAAAAGGGGGUGGAACUUUUCGGACUCAAAUGAGCUAUGCCGUUGGUAACUUUCCAUUCUCUGUAACAUCAGGUGAUUUUAACAAUGAUAACAACCUCGAUCUCGCAGUAGCUAGCUCGAACGACAACACUGUCAGUAUGCUGCUUGGAAAAGGGGAUGGAACCUUUCAGACUGAAAGCAACUAUACGGUUGGGGGAAGCCCAUCUUCUGUAACAUCAGGUGAUUUCAACAAUGAUAACAACCUCGAUCUCGCAGUAGCUAACUCGAACGACAACACUGUCAGUAUGCUGCUUGGAAAAGGGGAUGGAAGCUUUCAGACUCAAACGAGCUAUCUGGUUGGUAAUACUCCAUAUUCUGUAAUACCAGGUGAUUUUAAUAAUGAUAGCAACCUGGAUUUGGCAGUGGCUAAUCAGUACGACAAUACCGUCAGUGUGCUGCUUGGGAAAGGGCAUGGAAUCUUUCACAGUCAAACCAGCUAUACGGUUGGUAGCUUCCCAUCUUGUGUAAUUUCAGGUGAUUUCAACAAUGAUAGCAAUCUGGAUUUGGCAGUGGCUAAUCAGUUCGACGACGCGGUGAGCAGUGCAUUAUUUAACAUCUCACAAGCAACAGUAUCAAGAAUAAUAAUCAGUUGGACAAGAUUUGUGUAUGGUGUUGUACAAUCGAUCCCGAUAUGGCCAACAAAAGAGCAAAUCCAACGCCUGAUGCCAUUUGAGAUGAAAAAAAAUUACCCGCAAGUUCGCGUAAUCGUCGAUUGUACCGAGUUCGAACUGGAACAAUCGUCAAACCCACAAGCUCAACAGGACACGUGGUCAAAUUACAACAAUACAAAUACGGCUAAAGGUUUGGUAGGAAUAACUCCUAAUGGUGUAGUGUCAUUUAUUUUCUUUUUGUAUGGUGGAGCGGUCUCUGAUAAGGCCUUAUUAAAUCAGCGUGAUGAUCCAUCAGCAUUAAUGAACUUAUUACAAAAUGGUGAUAUCGUUAUGUCAGAUCGAGGGAUUCAGACAUCUAAAUCGAAUGUCUCCUUGUUGAUGUGUUAUGAAGAAAAACGUUGCGCGAAAAAGUCCUUCGGUGUCGAUACAGUUGAGAUAGAUGGCGAUAUGGACAUUAUUAUGUCGUCAACACCCGAAGGCAUUGAACUUCGACGAAAUCCUAGUGUUUUUAAACUGAGCUUAAUUAAAAGCAUAUUUUUGCCACUGAUGGAGACAUGGUUUAAUGAAAUCGAGACUAAUAUAAAGGAUGCUGAUUUAAUUGUGUUAUCAAUUACUUCUAUCAUUCUAGGCAUGAGUGCCAUUGAGAAACAUCCUGGUUUAAAAGCGAUUGCAAUCUAUCCCUAUCCUUUUACAGCAACAAAUGAAUUUGCUCCCCCUAUGUUAAAUGGAAAAAGUGAAAGUUUAUUCCAGUGGAUCAAUUCAUUGAAAUGGAAAAUGUCUAAUUAUGUUUUAUCAUCUAUGUACAGUGAUAAAAUCAAUCAACUUCGUACUUCGAUUAAUCUUCCAACAAUUAAAUUACUUGAUUAUUAUCAUAAUUUCGUAUCAAAUCUUGCAACUGCGGCUAUUUAUUCUAAACAUUUGAUUUCUCGUCCUUUAGAUUGGCCUGAAAAUAAUCACAUGGUUGGUCCUAUCAUUAAUCAAAGUUUUCCCAUUGACUUUAAGCCUUCUGAAGAUAUUAUUGAAUUUUUGGAAAUAAACGAAAAAGAAAAGAAACUAUUAUACAUUGGUGUUGGAUCAAUGUUACAUAUGAUGUUUGGAGAAAAAGAGCAAUUCGAAUUUUUGACUGUUGUUCAAACUGCCGUGUUCAAUAAUAAUAAUUGCAAAGCUAUUGUCUCUUUAUCUGGAAUUAAAGCUAAAGAUUUAUUUUUAACUAAUAAUGACAAUAAUAAUAUAUUUUAUUUGAAAACAAAUAUUCCACAUGCAUGGUUAUUUCCGCAAUUAACAGCUGCUAUACAUCACGGUGGUGCUGGUACAACACAUACAAGUUUAAGAUUUGGAUUACCAACAUUAAUAUUACCAUUUGGUGCUGAUCAACCAUUCAAUGGUGAUAGAGUAUUUAUCAAUAAAUUAGGGCCAAAGCCAAUUCCUAUUCGACAAAUAAAUGUCAAAAAUUUGACAAAUGCGAUGCGAGAUCUUCUUAAUACUGAUGAGUAUCAAACAAAUGCUAAAAAAAUUGGUGAAUUGAUGGCUAAAGAAAAUGGUCUUGAUCAAUGUAUAAGAUUAAUUGAAACACAAUUCACGUAG